AACACGUAAGAGACAGCGGAGAGUCUCGGACGUCUCGGAGAGUUGACAGUCCCAAUUUAUCGAGGGGUUUAUAUCGAAUAGACUGACAAUUUCAAGUGUUAUUCUAACCUCAGCAGCAGUGCGUGUCAUCUGGUGAAUCAUCCUCGAUAAUUCGCGAUCUCCUGCUCUAGUUUUCGUGAGACACCCGAGAGAAAAUCCCAUUGAUGGGUAAAUCAGUGUUCACCUGACAUUUUCAUCGCUCCAUUAAUCCCACCCCACGUCCCCAGGUCGCUGUAGUCCCAAAGUAAUCUCUCAAUAAAACCAAAAUACUGAAGCAUUAAUUUCGAAGUAAUAAAAAAAUAAUACCUAAAGACUUCCAGAAGACUUCUAUUCCAUUUCCACUCCCUGAAUAAUGAAACCCUCAGAAUAAUUCACCCCUUCUCCUAAAUCUUACCAAGAGGAUGAUGGAGUUGAGCCACAGUCUGACCCUCAACGAGGACGCCCUGGACCAGAUACCCGAAGCAAAACGUCCAGUCUUCGUGUUUGAAUGGCUGCGUUUCCUGGACAAAGUGCUUGUGGCAGCCCAGAAGAACGACAUAAAGGGCUGCCAGCAGAAGCUAGUGGAGCAAUUGACACGUCAUAUGCAGGGAGCCCCAGGUCCUCCAACCAGAAGACUGAUAGCCCGUUGUCUAGCAACUCUCUUCAGCGUAGGUGACACCUUCCUCCUCUUCGAUACAGUCAACAAGUGCAACGAUAUCCUCAAGAACAAGGAUGACUCCCCGAGCUUUUUACCCACUAAACUCGCAGCAAUUUGCUGUGUGGGUGCAAUGUACGAGAAAUUGGGGAGAAUGAUGGGUCGAUCUUACGAGGAAACUGUCCAGAUCCUGAUAAAAUCCCUGAGGUCAGCUGAGUCUCAAUCGAGGAUCGAGAUAAUGCACACCCUGGAGAAGGUCUGCGCUGGGAUGGGUACGGCAAUAACAAACGUUCACAAGGAGAUCUACAAAGUAUCGAAACAGUGUUUAACUGAUCGAGUGAUGGCUGUUCGUUGUGCAGCAGCUAAGUGUCUCCUGGAGAUGCUGAAUCACGCGCCAUUUUUGUAUACCAGUGAAAUCGAGAGUAUGGCAACUCUCUGCUUCAGGGCAUUCGAGGGUUCCAACUACGAAGUAAGAUGUGCUGUUGCCAAAUUACUGGGUACUUUAGUAGCAAUGACGCAAUUACCACCACCCAAGGGGAAAAACCUCAGCCAGAGUAAAUCGAUGAAACCAAUAUCCCUGGACGAGGUAUUGAAUAUUCUAAUGUCUGGCUUCCUGCGUGGUGGUGUGGGUUUUCUCAAGGGGACUGGCGAGAUAAUCAAGGGGAGCUCAGGUGUUAACCGAGAAGUACGAGUCGGUGUAACCCACGCUUACGUCGUUUUCGUGCAAAUCCUGGGGGGCGUCUGGUUGGAGAGAAACAUCGGGGCAAUAGUCGCCCACGUUCUGGACCUAGUUGCCAAUCCAAAAGCCGCUAGUUCCCACGUGGACGCCGUUUACUCUAGAAAGUGUAUAAAUUUUAUUCUUCGGGGUACUAUUGGAAAACUCCUUGGGGAAGGGGCACAGGCAGCUGCCUGCAAGGAGACCGCCCACGUUAUCCUGAAGCAGAUGAAUUCCAUUGACUUCAAUCCCGAGAAUGCCAAGGACUGCAACCAAGAGACACUCUUCAGCCAGCACUUGUUGGUGUGUGCCCUUCAGGAAAUGGGAAAUUUAAUUUUGGGACUGGGUACGACAGCCUCGAAUCUCCUGACAGAGGCCUCUUUGAAUCUCAUUGACACGACGAUGGCUGUCCUGGUACAUCCCUGCCAAGCAGCUAGACUGGCGGCUGCAUGGUGUCUCAGAUGUAUUUGCGUGGCGGUUCCCAGUCAGAUCACACCUCUCAUCGAUCGGUGUGUCGAGGGUAUCGAAAAUAUGCGGAGCUCUCCCGAAGCAAUUGCUGGAUACAGUGGAGCACUGGCUGCAGUUCUGGGGAGUGUGAGACUCUCGCCUCUUGGGGUGCCUCAUACCAAGGGAAAAAUUAUUUUUAAUACUGCUGAGGAGCUCCUCAGGAGUGCCAGUCAAAACAGCAGACUCUCCCUCAACAGAACUCAUGCUGGUUGGUUGCUCAUUGGAGCUAUUAUGACUCUGGGUACUGCUGUGGUCAAGGGACUACUACCCAGGAUGCUCCUCCUCUGGAGAAACUCUUUUCCAAGGUCCUCCAAGGAAUUGGAGAGUGAGAAAGCACGAGGGGAUGCCUUCACCUGGCAGGUAACUCUCGAAGGACGAGCUGGGGCUCUCUCGGCAAUGCACAGCUUUCUUCUUCACUGUCCUGAACUUCUCAAUGAUGAUAUAACCAGGAGACUACUCACUCCCAUCGAGUCUGCUCUGGCUAUGCUGACCAAUUUGUCACCUGUUCUCAAGAAUUAUGGUCAACAGCUCAAGGCACCCACUGCAAUGGUCAGGCUCAGACUCUACGAGACUCUCUUACUACUUCCUCCACAGACUUUCGAGGGCUCUUACACUCAUUUACUCAGGAUGCUCGUCUCGGAGUUCACGUUGACGGAGAAUCCGGGAAACACCACGACCUCGUUAUUGAGAAUUGUGUGUCAUGCCAAUGAUUCAGUUAUUUUGGGUACAUGGCUGCAAGAAACCGAGCAUCGGACCAUUGAGGAUCAGAUGGAACCGUGUCGAAGAUCCGACGUCGAACACCUACAGCCAAACAGUGCAGCAGGUUCAGGUGCCCUGGAGCACAACGCGUGCUGUCUCUACCGUCCAGUUCCCUCGGACGAGAUAAUCCCAGGUCCACUCCCCCUGGGUGUCGCAGUGAUCGACCUCUCGGUCUCCCUCUUCGGUCAGAUUUUCCCGAGAGUAGCCAACAAGCACCGCCUCCAGAUGCUGGACCACUUCGGUGAGUGCAUAAAGCACGCAAAAUCAGGUCGUCAGGAGGCGAUUCAAAUGAACGUCUUCACGGCAGUCCUGAGUGGUUUGAAAGGUCUGAACGAGGCGAAAACGGGUUUUGGCCAGGAGGACGUGAAGAAAUUGGCGACGAAUUUGAUAAUAAGUACGCUAGUGAGUGGUAAUUCAAUUCUGCGUUGGGCAGCAGGUGAGGCAGUUGGUCGUCUGGCCCAGGUGAUAUCCGAUCCGAAAUUCACAGCAGAAUUGGCUCAGACGAGUUUCGAUCGUUUGAAAUCAGCUCGUGACGUUGCCAGCAGGACAGGUCACUCCCUGGCUCUGGGAUGCCUGCACAGAUACGUCGGUGGAAUGGGUUCAAGCCAGCACUUGAACACGAGUGUGAGCAUUCUCCUGGCCCUUGCCCAGGACAAUUCAUCACCAGUUGUCCAGGUAUGGGCACUACAUGCCCUGGCCCUGAUAGCAGACUCCGGUGGUCCCAUGUUCAGGGGCUAUGUCGAGCCAACGCUCUCCCUGAUACUCACCCUCCUCCUCAAUGUGCCACAUUCCUACAUAGACGUUCACCAAUGCAUUGGAAAGGUCCUCUCAGCUCUAAUCACUACAAUUGGUCCAGAGCUCCAGGGUAACACCUCCUCCAUCUGCAUGGCACGCUCAUCCUUCCUCUGUGCCUGUGCCAUAAUGCAGGAUCACCAGGAUCCUCUCGUCCAGGCCGAGGCCACUGGAUGCCUCCAGCAACUCCACUUAUUCGCCCCCAGACACGUCAAUCUUUCCUCUCUGGUACCAAAUCUCUGUCGUACAUUAUCCAGCAAUCAUCUUCUACUGAGAAAAGCUGCGAUAUCGUGCCUGAGACAAUUGGCCCAGAGGGAGGCGAAAGAGGUAUGUGAGCACGCCAUGAGUCUUGCCAAUGAAAGCAGAGAUACAAAUAUCGUCGAGGGUCUCACCAUCACCGAGACUGGUCUUCCUGGUGUGCUCUUCAGCAUGCUGGAUACGGAAACUGAUAGUGCACUGAUUAAAGAUAUUCAUGAUACUUUAACCAGCAUGCUGCAGAUGCUCGCCGCUGACAAUCUGUCACAGUGGCUGUCACUCUGCAAAGAUGUUCUCACAGUUGCGUCUGAGUCGAGCAAUCCUGAGGAAAUUGCUGCAGUGACCACUGACGACAGUGCAGUGGAUAAUGAUUCAGCUGAUGCUGAGGGGGACGACGAUCAGGCUGAGUUUCACGCUGAUGAAUCCAAACAGCGUCCAAGUGUCUCCCCCAGGUGGCCGACGAGAGUGUUCGCUGCCCAGUGCAUCAGGAGAAUCAUCGCGACAUGUAUGAACAAUAAACAGGCGCACUUUGAUUUGUCAAUUGCCAAGGAGCUACAGCAGAUUAAGGGACGAGGGGAUUAUCUGGUCCUUCAUCUGUCUGAUCUUGUACGGAUGGCUUUCAUAGCAGCCACCAGUGACUGCGAUCCACUACGUCUCGAGGGACUCCAGACCCUCCAGGAUAUCAUUGAUAAAUUCGCCAAAGUACCAGAGCCGGAAUUUCCAGGGCAUCUGCUGCUCGAGCAGUUCCAAGCCCAAGUGGGUGCUGCCCUGAGGCCAGCCUUCUCUGCAGACACAGCCUCUCAUGUUACUGCAGCUGCCUGCGAGGCCUGCAGUGCCUGGAUUGGCAGUGGUGUUGCACGAGAUCUCAAUGAUCUCCGUAGGGUGCACCAGUUGUUGGUGUCGUCAUUGGAAAAAUUGAGGGAGGGGAAUACACGUCCCCAGCUGUACAACGAGAGUCUCUCGACCCUAGAGAGGCUUGCUAUUCUCAAAGCCUGGGCUGAGGUGUACGUUGUUGCCAUGAUAAACGAGGGAACAGCACCGAGCACUCUCGACAAAACGAGAAAUUCCAAUCCGACGGGGUCUGACGAUCUAUUCGGUCAGUUUGAGUCACAAAAUGAGAGUCUCCUGAGCCUAGUACAACCAGAAUUACUGAGCCUGAGUCAACACUGGCUGGCAGCCCUCAGGGAUCACGCCCUGCUGUCUCUUCCACCUGAAUUCUCCAGCCAAUUACCGCACGAUGGAGGUGCAUUCUACACGACUGACACCAUGGAAUCAGCCAGACCUUAUUACGCUAAAUCCUGGGCACCGAUUCUCCAUGCAGCCACCCUGUGGCUCAAUGCCAGAGGCUUCAACCUUGAUUCUGACACUUCUGACGUAAACAAUCCAGCCUCAACCCCGAAUAACAACCGAGGAAUCAGCAAUGUCAACAACAACACAGACAAUACUAAAUCCAAUUUCAAUAUCGAACGUUUCCACCUGUUAUUUGGCAUCUGCAUGGAAGCCCUCUGCAGCCCCAGGUCAUCAGAGUCUACUCAGAAUAUCGAGACGUGCCUGAAUGCCUUGUACACACUCCUGGACUCAUCCUGGACGAAACAAGUACUCACGAAGGACUCGGCCCUGUGCAUUGAGCUCUGCAAUGUCCUCCAUCGAUUGAUCCUCACGAGGGAGAGUUUCGUGGUCCAGAGGAUGUCGAUGGAGGUGUUGAAGCAGGUGAUGAGAGCCACACAGGAAAGACUGAAUGACCAGAAGAAAGCAAAACUCAAGGAGCUGACACCUGACAAUCAAGACGCCAGAGACACUGAUCUUGAUCUCCUCGGUGAAGGAGCCACUGGUGAAUUAAUACCCGGAGAAUCCCUGGUAUUUGCAAUGGUCGAGGUAUGUUUGUGCCUCCUGGUGAGGCAGAUUCCUGCGUUGAAUCCCAAUCCCGAUGGAGCCACGGCGAUCCUCUCCCAGAGGGGAUUUCUCUUGACUGAAGACAGUGGAAAGCUCAUUGCCUCAGCCCUGAGCGUCAUGGAGUCCCUUACAAGUCUCUGUGCACCCCAGGGUGCCAUCUCCAUCCUACCGACUCUUCUCUACCUCACCACUGGUGUAAUCCACGAGAUCGGGCUUCGUCCUGACAAUCAGAAUGCCAAAAUCACCACUGAAGUGUCAAUUCAUGCUGCUUUGCACUGCCUCAAGUGCCUGAUCACAGAUAAAUAUGCGAGGGAUGAAAGGAGUCGAGAGCAGUACACUGCACUUCUUCAGAGUGCCCUAGCCAAGAUUCUCGAUCUCGCCAAGACUGGUGACGAUGGGGCGAAGAUGGAUGAGGUGACCAUGAUGCUGGGAAUUGGUGUUUUUGUCCUGCAUGCUGCACCCCAGGUCGUCAGCGCUCUCAAUCUUCUCUUUCCCUGUAUCAAUCACUUCAGACAGGCGAUGCAGUCCAAUAACACUCUUGUCAAGCUCAAGUGCGUUCAGACCCUGAAGACAAUUUUUCUUUACCCCGAGAAGAGCAUCAGCACACCGUACAUCCAUGCACUGGCCCCGAGAAUUGUUGAGUACUUGUACAGUGACCGGAGUCAGCUCGUGGAGUCCGAGGUGGAGUUGUCAUACACUCUGGAGUGCGUUGGGACUAUUGAGAGCCUCAUAGCACUGGCUGAACCUGGCAAUCGGGAUUUAAUGCAAGGGAUCCAAAUGCUCACUCUGUUGGUCCCGAUAUUGAUAAAUUAUCUUCUUGACGAGAAUAAACUUCAGAGGGGAAGCAAGUAUCAAGUUACACUUCAUCAGCAGAGUUUCCAGUGGCUGAGCAAAAUAGGACCGAAGUAUCCGCAAGAAUUUAAGACUCUCAUGUCACAGUCGACUGAUUUGAAGACUAAACUCGAGAAUGCUGUGCGUUUGAGCCACCAGCAAGCACAACGACACAAUAAACAUCCGGAUACCCUCAAACCUAUUAAUAAAACAGCCACUCCAUCGAUUAAAUUGAAGACAGAUUUCUCGAAUUUUAAUUAGGGGCUGCGUCAGUGGAUUGGUGAUAUUAGAUUUAAUUUAGGGGAUUAUUUCUUUUUAAUUUUUUAAAUUAUUCGUUGGGUGCACUUUGCAGGGGAUUUGUACAGAGUUUAGGAAUUCAUCAGGACUUGAUCAUGAAGCUUUUCGUUUUUUUUUUCUCAUUUAGUUAAUUAAUUGUGGAUUAAAUUAUUUUGGGAGGGAGGAAUUGUCCAUAAUUUUCUGGUCAGUAUAUAGACCACUUGGCAAUAUUGGAAUAA